AGGCGAGCUCCGCAGUCUGCCAGUCAGACCGGAUUAUGCUCAGCAUCAGCCAGAGAAGUAGCUUUAUUCACACGGAGUCCUAAAAUGCCGCUCCGGGAUCAGGUCUGUGAGUUCGCCGCUCUGAACAAACAGCUUCAAUCAAAGAAACACGAGUUAAAUCAGCUGCAGUGCACUGCGCAGGCGCGGGCCGGCUGCCCGUCGUCAUGGAGACGGUUUGAUGUUUCUGACCCGCGAGGAGCCUGAACACACCUGAACACAAACUAGACCGAGAGCUCGAGGAGUUAAAGCACCUUCAGCCUGUACUUUAAAUUACAGGGUAACUGUACCUGUGUGACAUCAUCAGGUGAUGGCGAGGUCACAGCGUGAUGUCAUCGAUUUCUCAGCGUUGGAGAGAGAGCUGCGGGGGGCGAUCGAGUCCGAGCAGAGAUACAGGAGAGAGAACGAGGCGAAGCUGAGAGCCGUCAGCCAGAGAGUGUCCUCCUACAGCGAGUUCAGGGACCUGGUCCUGUCCUGCCACCUGAGGCCUCUGGAGAAGAAAGACAAAGACGGAGCUCCACGGAGACAGCCCUGGAACCCCGUCGCCCCGAGCAACGGCUGAUGUGUGGUCGCCCGUAGCAACGAGGAACACCUGGACAUGAACGUUUUACUGUGAUUAAAAAUGUGUUGCUGUCCGGUGAAAACCACGUAUCUCCCAUGAGUGGAUAAAAACUGUGUGUGUGUGUGUUUAUUGGAGAUACGAGGUUUUCACUGAACAGGUGAUGACGACUUUGAAUAAAAAUAAACAAACAAGAA